GCUUCUUCAUUCAUUCCAGUGACAACUGCUGCAACAACACUCCCGUUAUCCAGUGCGACAUCAGCGUCGCCUACAGUGUCUUCUACUGCAGAAAUAAAAACGACUUCACAUCCACCAACACCCGUAACGACGACCGAAAUUACGUCAUUUUCACCGUAUACGUCAUCAUCAAAAGUGACGUCAGAAAUAAAAACGACUUCACAUCCACCAACACCCGUAACGACGACCGAAAUUACGUCAUCUUCACCGUAUACGUCAUCAUCAAAAGUGACAUCAAUUCCAACCAAUAACACAGGUACCCAUCUUCAUCACCAUGGCAACAUUAUGCUAUUACUCUACACUCUACUGCCGACUGGGGGGCUUGUGUUAGUUCUAGCUUUAAUGAUUGGAGUGAUGAUGGUAAGACGACGAAGGAAAAGAAUCGCAUAUUCAAGACUAACUUCGCUGUCCAUCGAUGAAAUUGUUCCCGAAUCGAACGAUACUUCAUGCGCAGUAACCAGCGAUAAACAGGUUGAUACUGACACCAGCACGCGUCUGAAGCUAAUGGACACGACAGAACAUACGUCAUCUGAUUCAGACGAUGAAAUGAUACGUCUAGAUAGAAAUCCUCCAGGUUUCCCAAACACAGAACUGCAAAAUGUAUCAAAGUACUAAUGGAUCUUUUCUAAGAUGAUAUUUUCGGGCAAGACUUUUUGCGCAAAAAAUUAUGUUAAUGAAGAAUUACUUUGAAAUUUCUUUUAGUUCGAAGCAGGAAAAUAAGUUUUUGAAAAAAAUAUAACUCACUGCGUACGAAAUGUCUUCUUCAAUGGUUUAACAAAUACCUUAUGUAACUCUAUGGUUUUCAAAGGUUUCUCAAUUAACACCCCGAGAAUGCCUUGUUUUUAUGUCUGCGCAUACGAUAUUUCAAUUUCGUAUCCAGAGCCUAUUUAUUUUGUCGAGCAUGCGCAGUAGGAAAUAAAGGCUCUGGGUACGAGAGAUUGGGGAUAUGAUAGCGCUCGCGCAUCUCGGAAAUCGUCUAUUACAACUUCCUCUAUAUAACAUGUAACGUACACUUACACUCUGCUUAGACGCCUUGCACGAUGAUGGAAAAUAUUGUCAAAACUGAGCUUUUGUAAAUAGCUGGAAAUCAGUAUCUUUAUUUUAUUCUUAUCCAAAUAAAAAGCCUUGAAAACUCAGGAA